AUGCUGUUACAAAUAUUUUUGUUGCUUAUCAUUUCUCUUAUAUAUUUCCUAUAUUUUUAUAAUGACAAAAUUAGUCAGAGUUAUUGGAAAAGACGUGGAGUUAAAUUCCAUAAUUCAAAUUUCCUUGGUGUUUUUGGUAAAUUCUUUUUUGGGAAACGACCCAUGUUUGAAAUACUAUCAGAUAUAUAUAAAGAGCAUCGCAACGAACCAGCAGUGGGUUUAAGUGGCUCUUUUAAUCCUGCUCUAUACGUUAUAGACUCUACUAAUAUUCAACACGUUUUACAACAAGAUUUUCAAUCCUUUAAUCAUAGAGGAUUCGAGAUCAAUGACGGCGACCUUCUCGCAGAUAACAUACUAUUUAUGAACGGCAACAGAUGGAAGCUGAUGAGGCAAAAUAUGACUUCACUCUUCACGAGCGCUAAAUUAAAGAACAUGUACUACAUUUUGGAUAAGAGUGCUGUAGAUUUCAUUGCGUACUUAAAUAAAUAUCCAGAAAAAUUGAAUGUAAAUAAUUUUGAAUUGAUGUCUCAAUUCUGCAGUGUUGCUAUAGGAGCAUCUGUGUUUGGAGUUACAAGUGAAUCUGUUUUUGAGUCACCAAUACUAAAUACUACAAAAAUACUCUUUAAAGAUAGUUUUAAGACCAAUAUAAAGUUUACGAUCGUGAACAUAAGUCCAUGGCUGGGAAAAAUUCUUGGUUUAAAAUUGUUUGGAGAGUUCGAGGACUUCUUCAUCGGUGCUAUAAAGCAAAUUAUUCGCCAUCGAGAACAAGAGAAUGUGGAGAAGCACGAUUUUGCUGAUAAAGCUGUGAGUUUGCAAAAAAAAGGAACUAUGAAAGAUCGCGAUACAGGACUCGAGUUGGAACCGACUGAUGAAUUGCUAGCAGCGCAAGCGUUCUUUUUCUUUAAUGCUGGCGUUGAACCUAGCGCUGCAGGUAUUUAUGCUGUAUUAUUUGAACUCGGUAGGAAUCCCAAACAUCUCCAACAAGUUCAUGAAGAAAUAGACGCUAGUUAUAAAAAACAUAACGGAAAAUUCACUUAUGAAGCGGUAAUGGAAAUGAAACAUUUAGAAAAUGUGUUAUCUGAAGCUCUAAGACUACAUCCUCCAGUUGGAUUUUUAACUAGAAGAUGUGUACGUGAUACAGUACUGCCUGUGGGCAAUAUACCCAUCGAAAAAGAGACCAAUAUACUUACUCCUAUAUUUGAUAUACAUUACAAUCCUGAAGUCUAUCCCAAUCCUACAGUGUUUGAUCCAGACAGAUUUGCAAAUGACACGACUCUGGUUAAUAGCAGUUUGUAUAUGCCUUUUGGUAAAGGAAAUAGACUAUGCAUUGGUAAUAGAUUCGCACGCCUUCAAAUAAAAUCUGGAUUGAUACAUAUACUUCGUCACUACACAGUGGAAUCAAAAGUUCUUGGUGAUAAAAUUACAUAUAAGAAGGCGCAAGUUCAAUUGAGACCGAAUAACUUGGAUAUCAAACUUAUACCCAGAACUGUAAAUUGA